AUGAACUGCCCCAAAGUAUCAACGGAGAAGGGUCACUGCUGCAACUGUGGCGGUGAUCACAACGCCAACUACCGUGGGUGUCCAGCCUACAAGGAAGCCAGAGAGGCAGCUGUCCAGUUGAGCCGCAAACCCCGGCCAACAAAACCAGCGGCGAGGCGACCAACAGCCCAGCCGACUAAGCGGCCUGCGCGGGACGAGUCACCAGCGGACUCCGCAUCAGAGGAUGAAGCUGAGGACGACAUGCCGCAGAAGAAGCGCCGGAGGAAACCUCGCUACCCGGCCAACCGACUGCCUCGCCCGCCGGCAUCUGUGGCUGACCUUCCGGUCACAAAGAGGCCCAGGGCGACUCCCAGGCAGAGAAUAGAGUGGCCGCCUACACCAGCCACUCCGCCGCAACAAACGGAGGCGCCAGCAGCCGAUGCAGCAGCAGAAGCCGCCGCCCCCGCCCAGCGCAGCCUUCAAGCCGUCUUGGCCGAGAUAGCUGCGCAGCUGACCGCCCUCACCGGGCUCUUCACCGAAGCAGUGGCCCUCAGUGGCACGCCGACCAGCUGCUAG